CGCGGCAUCGCCAUUAGCCCGGACGGCAGCGCGCUGUUUGUGGCGGACUGCGGCAACUACAAGAUCCGGCGAGUGGAGGCUGCGACUGGCGCGGUGACCACGCUUGCGGGCAGUGGCGAGGAAGGCAACGCUGACGGCGUGGGUGGCGCGGCGCAGUUCAAACACGCACACGGCGUCGCCAUCAGCCCCGAUGGCAGCGCUCUGUUUCUGGCAGACUUCCGCAACGACAAGAUCCUGCGGGUGGAGGUGGCGACUGGCGCGGUGACGACGGUGGCAGGAAGCGGCACCGUGGGCAGCGCCGAUGGCGUGGGUGGCGCGGCGCAGUUCUAUUACCCAAGCGGCAUCACCAUCAGCCCAGACGGCAGCGCGCUGUUUGUUGCGGACCACCUCAACGACAAGAUCCGGCGGGUGGAGGUGGCGACUGGCGCGGUGACCACUCUCGCGGGCAGCGGCGACUGCGGCAGCACGGAUGGCGCGGGCGGCGCGGCGCAGUUCUACCGCCCAAUCGACGUCGCCAUCAGCCCGGACGGCAGCGCGCUGUUUGUGACAGACUUCGGCAACCACAAGAUCCGGCGGGUCGAGGUGGCGACGGGUGCUGUGACGACGCUCGCGGGCAGCGGCACUAGCGGCGACGCUGAUGGCGUGGGCGACGCGGCGCAGUUCACAAACCCACUCGGCGUCGCCGUCAGCGCCGACGGCAGCACGCUGCUG